CCGCAAGCAGCAUGUGUCAUAUAAUUCUAGAUCAAUGAGUUGAUGGGGUUGUAUUUUUUCUGCUUGGACGAGUAUUCCACUUUGUGAUGAACUCAGCUGCUGACAAUCAUAUUUUUCUGACACACAUCGUUCCACUUUUGGAGAUAAACCGUGUACUGUAAGUUAAGUGUUAGUUUAUCUAUCCUCUCACGUGAGAGAUUCUGUGUUUGUAGUUAUAUUCUUCGGUUCCUCGGAGGAGCGUUAAGCACAGCGUACAGUCACAGUCACAGCCACAACAGUCAGGUUGCUGUGCGCACUCCUCCCAGUAUGUUUCUUCUCCUCGCUCAUUUCAGGAGUAGAUCUACAGUGUGUGUUGCUGGUCAGUGCGUUCUAAACUGACCACUCCUUGGAGUCGGUAGCAACGCACGGGCUGCUGUUGGUGGUGGUGGUGGUGGUGGUGGUUCUGUGCACGUGCUGGUGGCAGGGAUGCCCCCUCAUAAGGAACAUUCCUAGUUUAUCGAGGUGCAAGACAGAGGAGGGAGGGACCAGCAGUAGAUGGCCGACGAGAGAUGAUGACUCGCGCGUUGUGAGGCUGGGACAGUGGAUCACGGAGUCAUGUCCCCGACCACACGCUGGAUACGACAUGGCGAGACACAGUUUCUGUUCCAGGUUGAAUCACACGUGCCGUGUUCUGCUGUUGAGCCCGCUGAAACUGUUCCUCAGUUGGCCGAGAGCGACUUUCCUCAGCACCCGGCGAAUUGUUCUCAUCGGCCUGACCGUCACCUUGGCUGUCGUCAUGACCUUGACCGCGUGCAUCUUGAACUUUGCUGAACUACCGGAAGUGAGGCUGGUGUUGUCUCCCGGCUUCCCGCUGCACAUUUUCCCGGGCUACACUCUGCCGGAGGUGCUUUACUAUGACGUCACUGAGAAACUUCCAGACGAUCUUCAGCAUAAUGUGGCGGCGAGCUCUCUGACCCCGUGGCUGUACUGUAUGAAGGACCUGUGGCCCUCCAAGUGGAAGUAUUUCAUCAACCUCACAGGCCAGGAGUUCCCCCUCAAGAGCAACUUGCAGCUUGUGCAGAUCCUUCGGGCGCUCAACGGCUCCAAUGUGGUGGACACGACUUUGGCGAGCCGUUACUCCAGGCGCUGGUACAGUAAUUUCCCCGCUCCCGACAACAUACGUCCGCACAAGGUUCCCCAGAAACGCACGCUGAGCAAAAGCCGUACAUAGCACGUUUUGUCAACUGGGGCAAAGGUUGGAAGGACAGCCGUGGAAGAUACCCGUUCUCGUGGCCGUGCGGCGGGAAAAGGGUGCGCGGCGUCUGCAUCUUCGGCAUCCGGGACCUCCCGCUGCUGACCAGCCGGAAGGAGCUCUUCGCCAACAAGUUCUUCGCCGACUACCAGCCGCUGGCCCAGACUUGCCUGGAGGAGUGGCACUUCAACAUGACCCUUGCCGAGUACUCGGGCCUGCUCACGCUCAACACCAGCUGGUACGCCAACAUGGACAUCGUCAGGAAUGCGGUUGUUGCAGUUUGACGUCUCGCCCCCCCCCCCCCCCAAAAAAAAA